GUUCAUUUCAGUAAACAGAUUAAAAAAGUUCUAAAAAAAUUACAAAAUCUGUACAUAGAAAGAUGUCUAUGGGAAAUAUGGCCAUUGCAAGGAGAUCAUCAGCCAAGGCUAUUAUUCUUCUUGGCUUAGCUUUGCUUUCUUGCGUGGCCGAUGGCGUAUCCCGUGGACAUCUUUUCAAGGCAAGUGCCCGUCGUAGCGUUACAGAUACCAAUAGGAAAGUAUUUGAUGUCACAGCCUUCGGUGCUAAGACCGAAGACCAGAUGAAAGGAGGUAAGAGCACCGUAGCUGGUGCCAAGCUCGAUUUACCGUCGUUGCCGGGUGAUGAUGAGAAGGUGGAUGACGAGAAGAUGGACUCUUCAGAAGAGGAAGCAGGCCCAGGUGAAGCCGGCCCUGGUGAAAGCCCUAGUGAUGACAAUGCAUCGGCAUUCAUCAAGACAUGGGUAGCUGCAUGUAGAGGAAACUACUCUGGUCCAACAAAGGUUUUGAUUCCCAAAGGGACAUUUAUGACAGGGCCUGUGAUAUUUCAAGGGCCAUGCACCAGCUCAAAGGAGCCAAUCAUAGUUGAAGUUGAGGGAUAUGUGAAAGCCAGCACUGAUCUCAGUCUAUACGCGUCUCCAGAAUGGUUUACAUUUGAGAUGAUUGACGGUUUGAUAGUCACCGGUGAAGGCACUUUCGACGGUCAAGGUGAGAGUACAUGGAAAAGCAGUGGCUGCAAGGACAAGUCCAGCUGCGCUCAAGCCCCAUCUUCUCUUAAGUUCAACCAUGUGAACAACACCCUGGUCGAGGGGAUCACUUCCUUGAACAGCAAGUUCUUCCACGCCCACAUCUAUGGCUGCAGCAACUUGACGAUGAACAACGUCCACAUUACUGCUCCAGAUGAUAGCCCUAACACAGAUGGCGUGCACAUAAGCACUUCAACUAAUGUCAAAGUCCUUAAUAGCGUUAUCGGAACCGGUGAUGACUGUGUUUCCAUCGGCCAGGGCUCGAACGACAUCCUUGUCAACAACAUCACUUGUGGCCCAGGACAUGGCAUCAGUGUGGGGAGCCUUGGGAAGCGCAUAGACGACAAGAGCGUGAGCCAGAUCCAUGUGAGCAACUGCACAUUGAGAAACACCACCAAUGGUGCCAGAAUCAAGACCUGGGCUGCGGAAAGUGGAGGAGAAGCAAGCGAUAUUACCUACGAAAACAUUGUCAUGGAUCAGGUUCAAAUUCCAAUUGUGAUUGAUCAAAACUACGGAAAGAAGAAGCCGAAGUCUGGAACUGGCCCAGUUGGUGGGGCGGCAUCAAAGUGGAAGAUUAGCAACGUUCAUUUCAGAAACAUCAGGGGAACCUCGUCCAGAAAUAUUGCCGUCUCCUUACAAUGCAGUUCUUCAAACCCUUGUGACGGGAUUGAGAUGGCCGACAUUAACUUCUCCUACCUGGGCGCCGCUGUGAAGGACACGGCCCUUACCACUGAAUGUUACAAUGCCAAAAUUGCACCCAAGGGCGUACAGAUUCCACCACUCUGCCGCUAAAUUAGUCAUCAAUACAUCAUCCUAUGUGUACAAGAUUUCAUUUCGACUCAAUAUUAAUUAAGAAAACAAAAAAAUGUAUGUGCUAACCGAGUGUAUAUUAUAAAUAUUUAAAUACUAUUUAACAAUGGAUCUCAUGAUGCUAUAUAUAUUCCCCAAUCUAAUGCUACUAUUCAA